AGCUAGAACGUCGUGUAGCUGACCUUCUGGGCAAAGAAGCAGCUCUAUUCGUUCCAUCGGGAACUAUGGGAAAUCUUGCAUCUGUCAUGGCACACUGCUGGACUAGAGGCCAGGAAGUUAUGGUAGGAGAUUUGUCCCACAUCUUCUUGUCCGAACAAGGUGGAAUUUCACAGUUAGGAGGUAUCCAUGCUAGUGCUCUAACUACCCGUGAAGAUGGAACUUUUGAUAUGGAACAAGUGGUUAAUAAAAUACGGCCUCAAAGACCAGCUGCUCAUGAACCACACACAGCUCUUUUAUGUCUAGAAAACACUCACAACAGAUGUGGAGGAAGGGUACUACCUAUUUCUUUUAUUAAACAGGUAAGCGUAUAACUUCAAAAUGGAGCG